AUGACCUCAUUCGGUUUUGACGAAGAAAUGUUCCACCCAGGCACCCCGGAAUUCAAGGUGUUCGACUUUGUCGAGCACAAACCGCUUCCGAUUGCUGGGUGGGGAUUGCGAGUGCCCGACUACCACGGCUCAACCUCAGUCUCCCCGUCAUCCAGCUUGUCCUCCCCAUCAGAUAUCAAGACGGAUUUCGGCGCCGAAUUCUACUCGCCACUUUGCGUGAACCCGUUCUCCGGAAGCGCCUCCUUCCUCCACUCGCCGGCGAGUAGCAGCAGCAGUCCAUUCGGAUUUCCGAUUCAAAAUGGACAUCACGUCGGAUCGGCACAGGGAUCGUUGCCAUCGAUGUGCGACAGUCCCCUACCACCAGUUUCCCACUUUUCACAGCACACACAACACGCCCAAGGCCAGCUUCAUCCAGCCGGCAUGCUUCCGGUUGGGAUGGGCGGCGGCUUCUUCAUGUCCCCACAAUUGCACCACCAGCCGAUGCGCCACCAUCAGCCGUACGAGUCGAAGGACGACGAUUCUUCCGAGGAAAAUGGCCGAUCCCCAUCUCCGCCACUUUCUGAUGGUGAUGCCGAAGGACUAACAGCCCUGCAGGCCCAACACCGAUCACGCAGCAAAAUGCACGAAAUGGCCGUCCGCCAGAAGCUGAUCACCGACCAGGACGUCCGCAGCCACGGAUGUGUACAACUAUCGGCAGAAGAGAAGCGAACCCUCGUCCAAGAGGGAUACCCAAUCCCCACAAAAUUCCCGCUGACAAAAACUGAAGAGGAAGCGCUAAAGAUUGUCAGGCGCAAAAUUAAGAAUAAGCUCUCCGCGCAAGAAUCUCGACGAAAGCGGAAGGAGUAUAUGGACUCGCUCGAGCAGAGGGUUCAGAUAUACUUUAGCGAGAAUCAGGCUUUAAAGCAUAAGAUGAAGCAGUUGGAGAUGUCCAACCGCGGCCUGAUGGCCCGUCUCAAACAGCUCGAAGCCAUGGUGGCCCCCGGCAACGCUCAAAUUAUCGAUGACGGCAUGGUGAUG